AUGAAUCGGCAAGGUUUGCAGCAGCAACCUGACUUUGAAGCGGCAGCUCGCGCCCUGGAGGUUGUUGUUGACAAUGUGAAGCUUUGUUCCAACAUCCCAGCUGUUGACAGUGGUGCGGCCUUGGAGCGCAAAAUGGACGCUCUCAUGGAACAGAUGGUCUUGUUUAACCGGAAGCUAGAUGCACUGGAUAGCAAGGUUACGGCACUGGGUGGAAGGUUUACGGGACUGGAUGGAAAGUUUAUGGGACUGGAUGGAAAGUUUACGGGACUGGAUGGCAAGGUUAUGGCACUGGAUGGCAAGGUUACGGGACUGGAUGGCAAGGUUACGGCACUGGAUGGCAAGGUUACGGGACUGGAUGGCAAGGUUACAGCAUUGUGA